AUGGAGGACGUGACCAAGAGAAGGUGUAGCAGUAGUAGUAGUGGACGUAAUGGUCAUAAUUCGAGAACGUGUGACGAGAAGAAAGAAUCUUUUGAUGCAGAAAACCCUAACAAAAACAGAACCGCCCAUAAAACUGGAAGAGGGAAGCCAUGGACGGAAGAGGAGCAUAUAAUGUUCUUGGCAGGUUUAAGAAAGCUGGGGAAAGGUGGUUGGAAAGGAAUUUCAAAGGACUUCAGUUCAAGUUGCAAGCCAUGCACAAAAAUAUUUUCUCAGGCAGCAACGAGACAAGAAAAAACUCAGGCAAAGCUUAUUUGCAUGCCUUUUCAACAAUCUGAAUCCAAUUCUUACGAAUGUCCUUGGGGUUCACCUGUAGAAGGGAAUUCAUCUCAGAUUGUGAACCAAUUUUCUCCGCCGAUGAUUGAAUUUCCUAUUUUACUGACUAGUAAUCAAACGAUUCGACCCAUGGCAGAAGUAACUUGUAACAUGAUGCAAUCUCCAGCAGUUGGAGCGGUAGCUGUCGGCGCACCAGCUGAUCAAGCUUCGCCGGUGUCAGUUCGGGACAACAUGUUUGGAGCAUGCCCUGGUGCUUCAUCAACAGAGGAAGAUCAUUUGGAGAUCAAGAUUGCUACCCCUAAACCAACAGAAUGCAUAACUAUUUAA